AGCAUUUCCUCCCUCGAACUAACACUUCUCCAACCUAUGGCAAGAUCCUAACCUAAGGACUUCUAACAAGCCAAAGCCCAGAGAUGGAAGCAGAUAGGAUCGCAGAAGAGGAAGAUAUCGCUACCACCAUGGAUGCAAAAGAACACCCUUCAUCAAAAGACCCCUCUGCUGAAGACUUACAGGCUCUCCCUACCUCUGAAACCCCUUUGGAGCCCUCUGUCUCUGAGACUCCUUUAGAGCCCCUUGCUGCUGAAACCCCUUUACAGUCCCAUACCUCUAAGCCUCCUUUGGUGUCAUCGGUAACUGGUGCUUCUGUGUCGCCCUCUGAUGCUUUGGGGGAAAACCUCCUCUCCGAGUCUCCCUCCAGGGAAGUCCAAUGGGUGAAGAGGUCCUCUCAGGUCCCUGAAUUUGAGCACCUUCCAGAGCACUCCCUUUCAGGCUCUUCAAUCCAUGUAUACAGGGACACAUCUUCAAAACAGAAGGAAGAGGCAGAAAAAGACAAGAACAUAGUGGAUACCAGUGACAUGGCUCACACAGCCCAGCCUGGGUACCAGCAGCACAAGAAAAAGGGGAAGAAAGGAAUUAUCCGUUACACAGGCCACCCAGUGGUCCCUGCUAAGCAGGCAGAACUGGUGGAGAUGGCCAAGGCAAUGCACAGAGAACAGUUUGGUGCUCAGAUGAAUCAUCUUUUCCAAUGGGAGAAGGAUGCAGCCCUUAAUGCCAUCCAGACAGGUCUCUAUAUUGGCUGGCGUUGUCCACAUUACCUAUGGGACUGUUACCGGAUUGGGGAUGAGUCUAAGUGCUUCUGUGGACACUUGCUGAAACAACACCAGAUCAUCUCAGAUAUAUCUGUGCCCUGCAAUGUGAGCCAGUGCCACUGCAUCAUAUUCUGCUUCAUUCCCUCACGCCCAGAGGAAGUGGGUGAGUUCUGGCUCAGGAGACGAGCCACCUUCAACCCCAAGGCCUGGAGGGCCCAGUGUCGCUGCAAACACAGCCAUGAAGACCACGCAGCCAAUGGAGCCCAUCCCUGCAGGCAUCAUGGCUGCUCCUGCAAUGGUUUUGAGUCUAAUUUCCUCUGCGCGGCCUGUGACAAGCGCUGGGAGGAACAUGAGACUUACUUUGAGACCAAGGAGACCAGAAGACGAGGAAGGAGGCCUUAUGGAGCAGACUAUGUGCCUUUUGCUGAGAUGCCUGACCUCCAAGAAGCCAUCACCAACAACCUUAACUUUGAGGCCCGCCAGGCGCAAGGGCUUUCUCAUCAUUCCAGUUCCCAGCCAAGUCCCCCUGCACUUCCUGGCCCAUCUGGCCUCCAGUCUGGCCCCAAAUUUGACCCGAAUACCUGACCCAUUCACUUCUGUUCUUUCUUCCUGCAACGAUA